GGGAGGCAAGGAUAAGGAUAAGGACCCAACAUCGCUGCUUUCCGCGAUGAAUUCGCCAUCCAUCCCGACUUGGACCGCGUCUAACCCACCAUCGCCAUUCCCGUUCUCGCCAUCCACGUUGCAGGUACCGCCUCUCGAACUCGAGCAGAGCUCCCUGGCGCUCCGAGCGCAUUCAGUGUCUCACACAGCUGGUGGACCUGUGGUGGCCCUUCAGGCAGUUCAUGAACGAAGCUUGAUGUUGGCACUUUCACGGAGUGGUGAGCUCCGUCUACACGAUUCCCUUGAUGGUUCUCUUCUGGCCAACGCUGUUGCAAGCCAGUCUCAAAGUUCUUUGCCGUCACCAGAACGCUGGAAAUGGUCUCGCAUGACAAUAUUGGACCGUCAAUCGAAGGAUAGUGUAUGCGUUGUUGCGAUAGCAUCAGCAGCUACCGAGGAAGAUGACGAAGAUGAAGGGCUUUUUUCAUCAUCCGACUCCGCUUCUGAAUCAGAUUCACGUUCUGCAAACUUUGCGCUAUUCAAUGUCUCGUUUGGUAGCGGGACGCUCAAGGAUUCCAUAUCUUGUCUGGGAACGUGCUCGCUCAAGCUGGCAGAGGGCGAAGAGGGGCUUGACAUUAGGACAGUGGACGUCUGGGCUGAUGCUGAUGGCGAGCCUAUCAUCGCCAUCCUCAACGAGAGCGGUCACCUCGUCCUUCGUUCCCUCUUCGCUUACACGCGCCGCGGCGGCAGCAUACACUCUGUAGCAUCAAACGGCACCAAGUCUUCCAGUCCGGCGACGUCCACUUCUGCAUCCGCCACUGCAGCAGCCAUCGCUGCUUCAGCAUCAUCGGGUUUGAUUCUGCCAAACCCGUUCCGAGGGAAUGGGGCUAAGUCCCCUGAGCCGGGCUCCUCCCCGUCUACCAACGAAGUCGAUGAAGUCCGACAGGUGAUGUUAGGCAAGACCCGCGAUGUCGGAUCAGUCUUGCCCGAGGGGUGUAAGGUCCUGCGUAUGGGCUCGCGAGCUGUGGAUGCAGGCCGUCGCGUCGUGGGAGCGGUCGUCCACGUGAAGGAGGAUGAGAGCCUUGGGGUGGUUGGCUUCGAGUGCAACUCUCACGAUGACAGUUUGCGCACACACUCUCUAGACGUCCAGAGUGAAACCCCGACCAGUGCUUGGACCAGUGAUGCUGUGGCAGUAGACUUCGUAAAUGAUGAAACGUUAGCCCUUACCCUGGGCAAGGAGGCGAGAUAUUUUAAGGUGGAACCUCACCUUCGCUGGUCCCUUUCCCAAACCAUUCCUCUCGAUGAUGUCCACACGUCCGUAGCAACCGAGAGCGGUAUUCUGAUCCUGAGAGCGUCUACCAAGGACAUCGUUAUCCACCCUCGAGAAGUCGCAAAGCCGAGCAGACUCUGGGUUAGCCAGGCUCAUCGCGAGGAAACGCUACCCUCGCCAGAGGACGCUCCGCGGCUGACCGCGGCGCUACCCUUGGAGCUUGGGUUGAUUAUACUCGGUUACAGCGAUGGUCUGUUGAGACAGACUUCCCUGCCCCGCAUGGCCAUACCGGCUGCAGACAGCGAUACAUUCGUGAAGAUGUCAGAUGUACCUAUGAAUGGAGCGGUUCAAAGCAUUUUCGUCGUGCAACAUGAUCGUACAAAAGAACGGUUCGUCGUUGGUGGUGCGGACGAUGGCGGGUUGGGCGUUUGGUCGCUCGAUACCCUCGAGUUACGCGCAAGAUGGACACCUUUCAUGGCUCCACUGGUACACGUCAUCCAGAUAACGCAACCAGGUCCUCUGCGUGGAUGCGCCAUCUGCGUAUCGAAAGACGGGGCGGCAGUUGUGUUUGCCAUAGAUGGUCUGAGCUUCUUGUACAUGGUCCCCACGUCUUCAACGCCUCUCACGAAACUAUAUCUCAGUGGAGACAAUCUUCUCGUGCUUUACGCGAGCAGCAUGGGUCGCCUGUGGGACAUGCGCACGGGUGAAUUUUGGCGAGCACUCAGCAGCGACAAGGUCCGAGAGCUCGUGGCUCAAGGGGAAUGGACGGAGUUUGAUGUAUCAGAGAAGGUGGGACCGCAUACCACAUCUUUGUCGGCUUUCCCAACCUCAAAUUCGUCCUCACCCGACUUAGCAUGCACACUUGUUCUCGACCUGGAGCGCUUCAUCAAGUCUUCUCCGUUGCAUCCUAGAUCUGGUGCAAGCACGGCCACCGUACCGACGAGCACGCACGACUCACUCGAACAUGUUCGAUCCGUGUUAGCUGUGCUACUGACCUCCGGGAUCAGUCCCGAUAUCGACGACAUAUGUCUGCAGAGGCUCGGCAUACAGCUCUCAUCGGGUGGUGUGGGGCUUGCUGGGGAGAGUGCGAGUGUCCUGCUGAACUUACCGUGCUCACGGGAGGCAUGGUGCAUCUCUCCGCGAGUUUCAGCGGCCCGAGCUCUGGCAGUUAUAGCCUGUCUCAGAGCCCUUGGAACGAAUGAAAGAUUGACCGACGAUUGUCAGACCGUCAUCACGUUUUAUGCGACGUCGCUUGGUUCCACACUUGGCAUCUGCUUUCAACCUCCUGACCUUGUGUAUCUUGCACGGACGUGGUUCGAAUCGUCGCAUGAUAUACGUCAUGCUGCGAGAAUAUUGGUCGACGCUGGUGUUGUACGCAUGUCUGAUGAAGAGAGCGUAAUGCUUUGUGAUAGGUGGCAGCAUCAUCUGCCAUGGCUCCAGCCAGACGCGUACAAGGAAUCCGAACUCGCAGCACUCGCUCUCUUCAUCUGUGGCUCUAUUGCUGUUGAGAAAUAUAGCCUUCUGUCUGCGGGUGCCCUCACGGACGUUGCCAAGUCUGUAACUUCCUAUCUCUACGACGAGCACUCGAAACACCGCUUGCUGGCGAUCGACCUUGCUGCGAGGGGCUUCCACAUCUGGCAGCACUACGUCGAUGCUAUGGACAUGCUCCGCGCGUUAUGUAGUCUCGCGACGAGCCAUCGCAAAGAUACGAUCUCUGCGCAGAACGCAGGCCCCAUGGCUCGAUCGGCAGUUCUGCAGAUUGCAUCAGCGAACACGCCGCUCUUCAUGACGACGCUCACGAUGGACAUUCUCAGUCCAAAGAGCGCGGAGCAUCGCAAGUCGGUGCUCCAGAUCGUCGCCUUCUUGAUACGGAAAAGGCCGAUGGUUCUCUAUGCGAAUCUGCCGAAGCUCAUGGAGGCGGUUGUGAAGAGCCUCGACCCGAAUGCCUCGAGCAGCAGAGACGUCGUCUUCGAUACGGCAACGGAGAUACUUGGGCAUGUUGUCAAAACAUUCCCGACCGUGGACUUCCACGGCGCAACUCAGCGCCUAGCAGUUGGAACGAGCGAGGGUGCUUUCAUCAUGUACGACCUCAAGACUUCGACACAGCUAUAUGUACUUGAAGGUCAUAAGAAGCGUCCUACGGCCUGUUCAUUCUCACCUGAUGGUCGCCGGCUGGUGACAGUCUCCCUGGAAGAAGGGGUAGUAUUGGUUUGGAAAGUUGGAUCGAGCUUUACGAGCCUGUUUAACCCUGGAGCGCCGCCUCGUCAAGGUCAUAGCGGGUCGGCACCAUACAAGACUCUUCCGUUCAAUGUAGGGAAUGAGGCGGACAUGUCCAUAUCUGGAACUCUGGAAUGGGUGCGGUUUGAAUGGGUUGCGGAGAGGAAUGUACGCCUGAAGAUUAAAGAGAGUGUGCUGACAUUUAGCACCUGAUCACACUCACACUAUUUCGUUCAAGCUGUUGUGUAUUUUAGUGACGGUCCGUGUGCUUAUAAUCGCGAUAAAACGUCAC